CAGAAAUUGCCGUACAAUUUCCUUCGCAGUUCAGACCCGUAGUUCUGUCGGAGUAAAUGUCGACUAAGGUUGCCUUGCUCGGUGCUUCAGGUGGUAUUGGUCAGCCGCUGGCUCUGUUGUUGAAGAUGAACCCAAUGAUAACCGAGUUGGCUCUGUACGAUAUUCCCCAAGCUCGUACCCCUGCUGCCGGUGUUGCUGCGGAUGUAAGUCACAUCAACACACCCGCCCAAGUGAAGGGCUACGCUGGUAUGGAGGAGAUCGAGGCGGCUCUCAAAGGCUCUGACGUUGUCAUCAUUACUGCUGGGGUUCCUCGCAAGCCUGGUAUGACCAGGGACGAUCUCUUCAGUAUCAACGCGGGUAUCGUACGCGAUCUUGCUAAGGCUAGUGCUCAGUAUGCCCCCAAGGCCUUACUCCUCAUCGUGACCAAUCCCGUCAACUCUACGGUCCCCAUCGUUGCCGAAGUAUAUAAGAAAGCCGGUGUUUACGAUCAUCGCAAGGUGAUUGGAGUCUCCCUUUUGGAUGUUGUUCGGGCUAACACGUUCGUCGCAGAGAAGUUCGGCCUAGAUGUGAGCAAGGUUGACGUCCCUGUCAUCGGUGGCCAUGCUGGUGUGACCAUCAUGCCUGUUUUCUCGCAGUGCACUCCCACGGUCAAGAUUGAUCACGAAACUGUCCUCGCUUUGGACUCUCACGUUCAGAAUGCCGGCACCGAUGUCGUCAACGCCAAGGCUGGUUCUGGAUCUGCCACUCUUGCCAUGGCUCUGGCGGCUGCCAAGUUCGCCGAUGUCGUUAUUCGCGGGUUGAGAGGGAGUACCACUUCUGCCUGCGCUUUCGUCAAUGUGCCUUAUGGAGACCUGCCUUUCUUCGCCUAUAAGUGCGACUUUGGUCCUGAUGGUUUGCUGAAGGUGCACGAGAUCAAGGAUCUCAACGAUCAUGAGUCUAAACGACUCAAGGAGGUGUGUGACAAGCUCAAGGGAGAUAUUCAAAGAGGAAUCGAUUUCGCCGACCAGUAG